AUGAUGGCGUUGGAGUUGCACAAAAGAAAGAUGGCGUGUCGCGAAAUGGAGCGUGGGAGCAAGAACGAGAGGUGGGCUCGUGCGGGAGCUUGCACUGCAACGCGUUCUCCGCCAGUGGGACGCGUCUGCGUCUUUCAAGCGACAAUAUCCUCGGGCUGUAUACAUCGACAUUCGCGAGGCACAGCAGUCUCGCCAGUGCAGCAGACACCAGGCUUGACCAUGGGCACCAAGACAGAACGCUCCAGCUCCUCGCCGCCCGGAAGCUAUGCGUUUCUCAACCAUUCCACCGACACAGUCCACAACAAUCUCCCGCCCACUGCUGACGAUAGGCCCUCUGCACGGCAGAAGCGCAAGAGAACGAGCCCGGAAGACCAGGCUGUCUUGGAAGCAGCUUACCAACGCGAUCCCAAGCCUGACAAGGCAGCUCGCGUGGAGCUGGUCAAGAGUGUAGCACUUGGCGAGAAGGAAGUCCAGAUCUGGUUUCAGAACAGACGACAAAGCUCCAGACGCAAAUCGCGACCUCUCCUGCCACACGAGGUCGCACAAUUCCACAUGUCGCGUGCCGGAGGCCCACCCGCUGGUCUGCCCUACAACUUUGAUCAGGAACAGCAUGAUGCAGAGUCUAGUUCGCACGAACAGAGUCAGCCAAGCCCAAGGAUCGCUCGUGAUGCCGAAACCUCUGAUUAUCCAGCUCGACCCUUGACACCCACUGCUCAGAACGACUGCCCUGCGGUCGGGGACACGUCUUCAACGCAACCUUGUCAGGUCCAUGAUCGAGUGAAUGCUGACACCGGGGCCUCGAUCGUUCGAUCGCUGAUCUCGUCCGGAGCCGCAGCGUCAGCGUCGCAUCCAGCUGAGCAGGCUCUACCAACCGCAUAUGUCGCAAGCAGAUCCGGUGUGCCAUCCCUGCGUCAAGACCCUUCAGACCAAAUCAGCUCACCGGUGUCACUCCAUCCCACGCCGGCUCGCCGGCUCAAGAAAUCAGCUUCAGUGGUCCGACUGUCUCUUAACGCAGAAGGCAAAGCCGAGAUAGUCACCAAGGACGCCUCAUCACCGUCCCCACCACGACCGGUGCAAGCAGCACCAACAGAUCUCUCAGCUUCAGUCAGCUCAACAGCCUCAAUACCCACGCCAAGGAGCCUCCAACGCUCCUUCAGCGGCCGAUCCCGCGACUCACGCUCCUGGGAAUUCUGGUGCGACAAGGAGAACCGCAACUCCUUCGAAACAGCGGCCGAAAAGGACGCGAGUGGCUCUGCAGCAGGAGCAAUAGGUUUGCUCCGCUCGACAUCAGGACGAAACGCUCUCGGCUCCAUACCGAACAAAAGAAACUCAUUAAUGCCACUUCAGCAACCCAGCUCAGCGAAACGACCCAAGCUAGACCAUAAGCGACCUUCGCUGCAACGAUCAAGUACUUCCAUGGGAAGGCUACAGCAGAGUCGAUCGAGCCAAAGCCUGCGGAACCCUCCUACGCUGAAGCAUUCAGCCAAAUCUGCCUACGUGAAGAGCACGGAUUCAGAUAAAGAGAACUGGUCACCUACCUCGGAUGAAGUAAUAGCAGAGCGUCGUGGGCGUCGUACCCAGCAAAGACAAGGUGAAGACGGCGGUCCUAGGGAGGACGACGAAGUGGCAGCCUUCAUGCGAGGUAGGAAGCAGGGUGCUAGCGCAGCAGGCGAAGACGAUCUUGACUGUGUUCAAGGUUUGCUCUCCCUGAGUCAAGGGAAUUGGCGAUAG